CGUCUGUAGUUUUCACACGCACGGCUGACUAACUAUAGCUCCUGGGAGUAAGUUAUUAACCUUUGAGAAUAAUAUUUGAAAAUUUUGCUGAUGUGUAAUAGCAAUAUUAACGCGAUUAUUUUUAUUACAUGGCAAAUUGGAAUUAGCACGUGAAGCGUAUAAUAGGCCAUUACCAAUGUUUGAUUAAUUAAGGUAAAGUGUUUGGGAGAGUAUAAACAUUGGAUAUUGUAAGAUUUUGAAUUAAUUGUAUGCAAAAAUGUCAGAAGAAAUAGUAAAAAUAGAUGGUGAUUCUAAUAAUGGAGGUGGACAAAUAGUACGAAUUGCGGUGUGUUUGAGUGCAUUGUAUAAAAUUCCAAUUCAAAUAAUUAACAUAAGAAGAGGUUUGUCAAAAUCAGGACUCAGGGAGCAGCAUUUAAGAGGAGUAAAUCUAAUCAAAGAGAUGUGCGAUGCUGAGGUAACAGGUGCUUACUUGGGCUCGCCAUACUUACUCUUUAAGCCUGGUGUUCUUCAACAUAAAAGCGACGAAUACGUUGCCAAUAUAAAAACUGCGGGGUGCAUUUGUUUAUUAAUUCAGAUUAUCUUGCCUUGUGCAUUGUUCUUAUCUAAGUCUACCACCUAUAUCCUUAAAGGGGGAACGAACGUUCCGUUGGGGCCACAGGUUGAAUACUUCAAAAAUGUGUUUAGACCGUUCCUUAGGAGAUUUGGGGCAGAUUUUCAGCUCGAUGUUAUAAGAAGGGGAUAUUAUCCAGAUGGAGGAGGAGAGGUUCGAUUGCACGUGACACCCGUUCAUCAUUUAAAUGGUAUCGAAUUGUUGGAUCCUGGAGUACCCGUUGAUAUUAAAGGUUGGUCGUUCGCAGCUGGCUGUGUAAAAAUAAAUGAAGCUAAACAAUUGACACGCGAUACUACAGAUAUUAUUGCAAAAGAACUAUCGAAGCUUAAUAUUCCAAUGCCCCCGAUUAAUAUAAUAACAUAUAAGGAGCCGAGAAAUGGCACAGUAGGAAAUGGAUAUGGCAUUAAUAUAAUGUGCAAAACAACGACAAACUGUAUAUUCGGCGGCUCUGGUUUAAGUGCUAGAUUAUUUGUAACCGAUCCAGCGUCGAGUGCUGCGAGCGAACUUAUAAAUCCAAUUUCCACAAAUUCUUGCGUCGAUUUAUUUUUAAAGGAUCAAAUGAUUAUUUUUAUGGCUCUUGCCAAAGGCCAUUCGAAAGUUAAUGUUGGUAACCUGCCAAUAACUCCCCAUACGCAAAGAGCUAAGGAAGUUGCAGAAACAAUGUUGUUUAAAAAAGGAAUUGUUUUCAAUUUAAGAAGAUAUAUGGAUAAUAGUUAUGUUUUAGAAUGUGAUGGAGCAGGCUAUACAAAUAAUUAUCUUAAUUGAAUGUAUAUUUAGUUUUGCUUUUUGUAUUUAA